UGCAUAGUACGACACUCUUCCUCCACCAGACGCUGUCAUGCAAAGUCUCUUUCUGCGCCAGUUUACGGCGCUCCUCGUCAAGAAUUGGAUUGUAUUGUCUAAGCAUCCGUUCCUGAAUAUUUUGAGAUGUUUUGUGUUGCCUGUUGCGUACGGUAUCUUCUUGGCUGUGGCCCAGGUCUUCUUGGUCAAGCCUUCUAAUGCACGUUUUCUUUCUUUCGGACUAGGGUCGUCGAUACCAGUGUAUAACCUCACCGAACGGUUUGAUGGGUCCUUGACACUCAUUUGGGCCGAUGGCACAGAUGGGACAGGCUUUCCAUCCCCCUCUGACAUCAUGUCAAGCAUCACCAGUAGUUUUUCUCCGAAACAGCUUGACGCCGUCAAACAAGUAGAAUCUCCAGACGACAUCCCGUCUUCAUGUCCACAAAACUUUAAUCUGUUCAGCGAUUGUUUUGCUGCUGUGGCCUUUAAUUCCAUUCCUCCAGAGAAUAACACCCUAGCCGAACCAUUCAAUUACACCAUUCGUGCAGACGGAGGCUUGUCUCACGUUGAUGUCAUGAAACAUAGCAGCGACUAUGAGAUCAGGGUCCUGCCCUUGCAGUGGGCUCUGGAUAGUGCAAUUAUGGAGCUCAGGACGGGGCAACGGAUGCCGACACCUUUGGAGUGGCCAUUCACUCAAGAAACGAACGCAGAACAGAGCACAAAGACUCGUCUUAGCUACAUCCGAGGCUUGCGGACACUGUUGGUAUUAGCACUGUUCAUCUGUUACAUCGGUGUUGCAUACCACCUCCCCGGGUCAUUUAUGGGCGAACGAGCUCUGUCACUAACGAGCCACCUGAAGGUGAUGGGUCUUUUAGACUCGGCACGGAUAAUAUCAUGGCAUAUUAGCAUAUCACUUGCAUAUCUCCCAGCAUGGAUAAUCGUCUCGAUUAUCUGGCAUCUCCGAAUCUUCAGUGGCACCUCUGGUGGCCUCGUCUUCGUCAUCCAUCUUGUAUUUGGUCUCUCGCUUGCCAGCUGGUCUCUAUUCGUCGCCGUCCCCUUCGGUAAAAGCCCACAACUCGCGGCAGUGGCAUCCACAUUCUUUUCCCUACUUUUCGCGAUUCUGGCAUUAGUGAUGGGCGCCGUCGGCAGUGGCACAGCGUUCAUAUUUACGCUCAUCUUUCCGCCUGGCUUCUACAUCUUUUCUGUCAGAACUAUCGCAGGGUUCGAGAAUCACCAGAUACCGACUUCAGCGAUUCAUGCUGAUCCCGACAGUGGCAUGACUCUGCUCCCAGUACUCAUUGCCGGUAUCAUCGACAUCUUUUUGUGGCCAUGGAUCGCCACUCUUCUUGAACGACGAAUGUACGAUGCUCAUGAACCGCCUUCAGGUCGGGGAUGGAGAUUUUGGAAGAAGAGGCCUAUCGACACCGCGGAUCAAACUCCUUCGGAGAUGCCUGAGGAGACUGCGAUCUCCAUUCGUCAUCUGAACAAAACUUUUCAACCCAACAUUUUCCAUCAUUCACAAGAUGCUGUCACCGCUAUAUCCGACCUCUCCCUCGAUAUACCCAAAUUCGGUAUCUUCGUACUACUAGGAUCCAACGGAGCAGGGAAGUCUACCGCGCUGUCCAUUAUAGCCGGCCUACUUGGUCGCACGAAGGGUUCCAUAACUUUCGAAGGUGGUAUUUCUCGACCGCCGCGAGGCGUCAUGGGCAUUGUCCCCCAGAAGAACGUCCUUUUUCCCGAACUAACCUGCUACCAAAAUGUCAGAGUAUGGCAAGCGGUGAAACAUUCGGAUUAUGCACUGGCUGCAAGUGAUGACCUAGAGCAGUUGCUACGUGAUUGCGAUUUGGAGAAGAAGGUGCAUGAAAACGCGAGCACACUUUCCGGAGGGCAGAAGAGGAAAUUGCAAUUGGCUUGUGGAUUGGUAGGGGGUUCGAAGAUCGUUCUCGUGGAUGAGGCCACCUCUGGGGUAGAUCCUUUAGCGAGAAGAGCGCUAUGGCGCACUCUGACUUCCGUUCGCAACGAACGAACGAUCAUAUUUACCACACAUUUCCUUGACGAAGCGGACCUUCUAGCGGACCGCAUUGCUAUUCUGGCGGCUCCAGGAAAGUUAGUGGCUGAAGGAUCCCCUGUGACAUUGAAGUCCACGCUUGGCGAAGGAUACACCAUCCAGGUAACCUUCCAGUGCUCUGAGGACGAGAAGGCCGGCUCCCGACCUUUGACGGGCUUGUUAGAGAGCCUUCGUAGCGUGGCCCCCCUCACUUACACCUCGUCACCCGCGAUGGACCAAAUGUCAUACCAUCUCAAGUCCAAGGACCCGAUCAUAGUCGAACGCGUCUUGGAGCUCCUCGAUGAAAAUACCGAUAAAUAUCAGAUUGCGUCCUAUGAUGUCCAGGGCACGUCCAUAGAAGAGGUCUUCCUAGGCCUUAUGAACACCGAUACCAAGAAGGAUUCUGACUCCACAGCCCUCAGUGACGACAAGAAUACGACUGGACAUACACCAUCAGAGACUCCGGUACCUGAACAAUCUACCGUCCUCCAGCUCACGAACGGCAAGAAGGUCUCUGUUUUGACCCAGGCGCUUACUAUAUUUCACAAACGUCUGUACGUGGCCCGUAGGAGCUGGUUGACGCCACUCUUGUUGGUCGCAAUAGCAAUCGCCGGAUCCUGUAUCCCAUUGUUCUUCAUGGCAGGUAGGCCUCAGUCUUGUACAACGACAUUCUUGAGCGCGACAUCGGUGCCGUUGUACUUCCCGGACUCGCCUCUCCUCACGUUCUUCAGUGCCGACCAACACCUUCUGACCGCCCCACCUAAUAUCGUCUCUACGCUCGGGCCCACCGUAGCGAGCCUCGGCAUAAACAAUGUGGCAGACAACGCCACUUUCGUCGACGACAUCAACCAGAACUAUCUUAACCUCGCCCGCGGUGGAAUUUCGAUCGAUUUGGACUCGGGACAGGCCCUAGUUGCCUGGGAAGCUUCACCGCCCGGAUUAGGAGGGCCGACGAUGUUGAACCUCGCUUCCAAUAUCUUACUCAACCGAGCCUUGAAUAACACGGGAUCAGCGGCAGCUUCAGGAGACCCUAUAUUGAUACAGGCGACAUACGAGAACUUUCCCGUCGUGGAUGCGGGGACGCUGAUCGCGUUGAAGUGGGUGGCUUUCUUUGGAGCGUCUAUGGCCGCAUAUACAGCGUUCUUCUCGCUCUACGUGUCGAGAGAAAGGAGGUCAUCAGUUCAGGCCAUGCAAUUCUCUAACGGGUUGUCAAAUCCAGUCGGUCUGUGGCUCGGCCAUCUACUCUUUGACACAAUAUUCGUCUUGGUCUUGUCUACUAUCAUCGUGAUCGUCUUCAAAGUCGCAUCAAAUCAGUUCCACGGGCUCGGCUUCUACUGGCUGAUUCUUGUCCUAUAUGGCAUCGCGGGAGCGUUAUUUGCUUACUGCGUGUCGCUGUUCACCGCUUCGCCUCUGGCAGCAUUCGCAAUCUGCGCUGCGUAUCAAAUAAUCAUCUUCACAGCUUAUAUUGCGUCAUACCUCUUAACGCUGACCUAUGCAAAGACUUCGAAGUCUGGCCAAAUCAUCAAUAUUCUUCAUUUUACGCUGUCUUUGCUGUCUCCUGUGGCGAGCAUCAUGCGGACCGCCUUCGUCUCCGUCAACCUCUUCUCCCUCCUCUGCCUAAAGGGUGGCGAGAUCCCUGCCUCCCAAUACGCUGGCAUCACGCGCUAUGGUGGUCCAAUUCUAUACCUGGUCGUCUACGCAUUCGCCCUGUUCUUCAUUCUCGUGUGGGUAGAUUCUGGUUCCCUCCUCCCUCGAAAUAUCUCCGCAGCUCGUCGGCGAAGGGAGCUACAACCGGUUGUCGGCGCGAGCGCCCUGGAUAACGGCUCGGUGGCUGCAGCUGAAGCAAUGGCGGAGAUGAAAGUCGAUGUGGAAGAUGAGGCGAAGGUGGUUGGACAGUCAGACGAUCCAUUGAGGGUGUUGCAUGUCUCGAAGACCUUUGGGCUUGGCAGAGGAGCGAAUAAGGUGGUAGAUGAUGUCAGUCUGGGUGUCGGUGAAGAUAUGAUAUUCGCCCUGCUUGGUCCGAACGGAGCCGGGAAGACGACCACAUUUAACCUCAUUCGUGGAGAUAUCAUGCCCGAUCGCGGUGACAUCCUUCUCAAUGGUAUCUCUGUCGUCCGUCACCCACGUUCUGCCAGACUUGGCCUCGGGGUCUGCCCUCAGUUCACGGCCAUAGACUCACAACUCACCGUCCGGGAGCAUCUCGAUAUCUAUGGCCGUCUGAAGGGCAUUUCAAGAGGAAGUGAUCUUCGACGAAAUGUGGACUUGUUGAUGCAAAGCACCGGACUGGAUCAGUAUGCGGACCGUUUGGCUAGUAAGCUGAGUGGCGGCAACCAGCGAAAGCUGUCUUUAGCUAUCGCACUUAUGGGCAAUCCGCGCGUUAUCCUCAUCGACGAGUUCUCUACCGGCAUCGAUGCGAAGAUGAAGCGUGAAAUGUGGGGCACGCUACAGAGAAUCUCUGUUGGGAAAGCAAUCGUAAUCACAACACAUUCUAUGGAAGAGGCUUCUGCGCUCGCUGACAAGGUCGCCAUCAUUGCCACUCGUCUACUCGCUGUCGGAACCACCGAAAGCCUCGCCGCGCGGUACGCGAUGUACGAGGUCCAUUUCUCCUGCCGGAAUAGGGACGACGUCGCUCGGGCACAAAGGCUCAUGGCACGGAUCCCCGGCGCACGCAUGGCGGAUGAUGUCGCCACACGCUUCGAAGUCCCCAUCGGUAAUGGCAAUAGCAACUUGCUCGAAGAGUCGAACAGAAACGGUAGCGGCGAUUCUGAGGCCAGGUUGUCGCUAGCUGAGCUCUUCCACGUCCUUUCCAGCGAGGGCGACUUCUCGGAAUAUAGCGUGGAGCGGGCGACUCUGGAGAGCGUCUUCCUGAAGGUCAUUCGACAGAAUAAUGUGGCGGAGGAGGAUCAGAGGAUGAGGACCGGACGAAGUAGUUGGUGGAAGCGUUUACGAAGAGGGUGAUGAGCGGUUUUAUUUUUAUGUUUGCCUGCAGGAAUGUAGUGUUGGUUAUCGGUCGUGUCGAGGACUUUUAUGGACAUACAUAUACACGACGUGCCGGUCUCUUGUUUCUGUGCUUACGAUGUCGCUGACCCAAUGUUUUCAAGUCUUGGAUAUCGUUAUCUG